GGGGAACGUGGCGCGGGCGGGCUCGCGCACCGUGCGCGCGGGAACGUGGGGCGGAGCCGCUGCGAUGUCGUGAGGCCUUUGGACACGUUCCGGGCCGGGAGCCUCUGGUGAAGUUGUGCCGCUGUGCGGAUUGUCAAGUUUUAUAAAUUGUAUUUUCACCUUCAGUCCAAACAUGGAAACCCCAGCCAAAGUAGUGCAAAAAGGGGUACGGAAAAUACGACCUCCAAAGGCUAAGAUUUCUUUCAACAAUCCUUUUGUUUUCGAUUGGAGCCCUUUGAACAGGGAAAGCGUGGAAUUCAUCCUAAAGAAGCUACAGGAAACAUUUCAACAGACUAAUCUGUACAAACAGGAACCUAUUCAAAAGCCCAGGAAACUAAGAGCUUCCAAAACACCAAAAAAUCAAGAAAAUAGAAAUAUGGAAGGAAAUGUCGAAGAAAUCAGAGAAGGCCAAAAUAAAAUUGAAGGCUUGAAAGAAGAGGAUAAAAUGAUUAGGAUUCCAGAGACCAAGCAAGGAUGGACUAAUGUGGAUCUUCGGAAACAGCUGGCCAUUGGAAUCAAUGAAGUAACUCGGGGUUUAGAGAAAGAUGAAUUAUGUUUGGUUCUGGUGUGUAGGUCAGUGAAACCCCCUAUUAUGACCCAGCAUCUCAUUCAGCUGAGUGCAAGUAGGACUGUCCCUGCCUGUCAAGUUCCCCAUUUGAGUGAAACUGUGGCACCUUUGCUGGGUUUAAAAUCUACACUUGCUCUGGGAUUUAAAAAGAAUUCAGAGACUUUUAUUGAAACGAUUAAUGCUGUUGGUCCACAGGUGCCUCCUUUAAAUAUUUCAUGGAUGCAGGAAAGUCAGCAAGUUGAGAGUGCUGAAGGAUUGGAGACAAAGGAGUUUGAAGGGACCAGUGAAAUGCCAACAACCGAAGAAAUGGAUGUUGCACUUCCACAAAGUCAGAAGCGUAAAUUCUGUGAAAUUGCAUCAAGAGACAGUCCUCUAGAAUUGUGUAGUGCAAGAAAGAAAAAAGCAGGAGUGACAUUGCUGCCUUUAAAAAUAAAGAAGGUCAUUCCAAAUCCAAAUAAAAUUCGGAAGCCAAAAAAGAAAAAGAAGUAACAAUCGGAUGCUGGGACUUUAAAUCAGAACUAGAAAAUGUAGGCAAUAGAACUAGGUCAGUUAGCAUUUGUGGACAACAGAUAGAUAAACCAAGAAUGCUGGAAAUAUUCAGCAGAUCAGGCAGGAUCUGUGGAGAGAAAACUGUUUCAGAACAAUGACAAUGACCUUUUGUUUUAAAAUAUCAGAUUGCCACCAUAUGCAGUCUUGUUGCUUUCAGCUAAAUCAACCCUUUCACAAAACUGAAUUAAAUUGUAUGUUGUAAAGAAACAAAAGAGGGAAGAGGCUGCGGGGAGAAAAGUUUCACAAAAUAUAAUAAGAACAAAAGGAAAUUCUAUGGUGGUAGGGUGCCAGAAAUUUUAGCUACCUCUGUUGAAACUCUUUGGGCUCUGCACUCAACUUCUGGUUGACCAGUCUUCUACCCACCUCCUAAAUUUCCUCUACAGAUUUCUUUUUGUAUUACUGGUAUUCUGUAAAGUGCUAUUGGAUUUUUUGUGUUUUAAAAAUGCCUACAUGCACAGUGAAAAUGUAGGUGUGUAUUCUGAUGAGGUUGGGGGUAGGUGUAUGAGGAAAUGAAUAUUUCAUUAUCAUUUCUGUCACUGUAGCAAGACCACAAGCUACUAAUAAAUUCAUUGACUCAGCUGAUUAAAAAAUUGGGUAUCCUCUGUUAUGCACAAUAGUUUAUUGGGCUGAAAUUUCUGCUCUUUUCAACCAAAAUCAUCACAAAUGAAGCAUAGAUCACAGAAUUUUAUGCAGUGUGCAUUCAGUGCAACUAGUGUUUCUGCAAUCCUUUGCAAUCAUUCUAAAUGCCUUAUUUUGGAAGCAGAAAAUUGGUUAAUCCCCCAGGUGAAUUAAUCACCAUUGGGAGUUUCUGUUCAUUAUUUAUAUGUAGAUCUUCAACGUGGCUUUGAAAAUUAACCGUUUGGAUGCAAUUAUAAGUUUUUCUUUAACCAGUUUACUAAGAAACUACUUAGUAUGUAAUUACAAAAUAGUUAAAAAUGUAGAUUUCAUUAAUUCACAGAGGUCAUUAAUGGAUGUCAACUGUUUACUCUCACGAUUCACAUGUUGAGUUUUAAUAAAGUUCUAACUCACUACAUGAUAGAAUUAUGUACUUUGUUCUAAUACGUUUGCAAUUCCAAUGUUCACUCUGGAAUAUUUUUGCAGAUGUACCUGUGAUAAGUUCCCUUGCCACAUAUGAUAAUAUCCAAUAUUUUGUCCAUUAUUGUGUUGAUUCCAGAACUUUUUAUUUUGUAAUAUAUAGCUCAUUUUACCCUACUUCAUCCUUCCAACAAUUUAUUUUUGUACAGCUAGUAACGGCCAGAAGCCAGUACUAACAU